GGUUUCGCCUUUUUCCAGGUAAUGCUGCUCAAGUUCAUUUACGUGAAUAGCAGAAUGGUCCCCGGUGUAUCGACGGUAAUUGCACACUCUUGUUCGUCCCUGGGAAUGACAAUCCUGGGGGAACCCGCGCGCUUUGCGUCACGUGAUGCCCUAUGAGAAGCGAGUGAGGGAGAGGAAACGGGAGGAUUUUGUGGGGGUGCAUGGUUUCAGGCUGGACAUCUGUCGCUUGUGUGUUUUUUUUCUUCAGGGCGGGUAGCCCGGCUAUUGAAUAGAGGCAGUGACCUGUCAGUCUUGACUGAUGGGAGCGGGCCGCUGGGAGCGACCCCGUGUGUGGGAAAAUACCUCAGCCAAAGAGCUUGAGCAUUCACAUGCUAAUUCUGUCCUAUAAAUAGGAGGGGUGCUCCGCGCGGAUUGCCCCAAAGAGGAUCUAAGAUUCUGACAGGCAAACCAUUCUCACACAACCAGCGCGCAGUAGAGGAGACAUGACCGCUUCUGCCAUGGCGCAUACCGUGGGGAAACACUCAAAUGCCAAGGAAGAGAGAAAGCUGAGAAAGCCACUCAUUGAGAGGAAACGACGGGAAAGGAUAAAUAAUUGUUUGGACCAACUUAAAGAAACUGUUGUCGGAGCUUUCAGACUUGACCAAUCGAAACUUGAAAAGGCCGACAUUCUUGAGAUGACAGUGAAGCAUCUGCAGAAUAUUCAGAGCAACACAUUAUGUGAUCCAACUCUAGGCCUGGAGGCCCAACAGAAGUACAGCACAGGCUACAUCCAGUGUAUGCACGAGGUCCAUAACAUGCUGCUCACUUGUGAGUGGAUGGACAAAACCCUGGGUUCACGUCUGCUCAACCACCUGCUCAAGUCCCUGCCCAGAUCCACAGAAGAGCCCACUCUGCAGGCUAACACCCGGCAUGAUGUCCCUCCAUCCAGACAGGGACUUGCUGCCCCAGGCACACCUGCCCGAGGAGACCCACGGUCUGGGAGGGUGAUCCAGAGAGAGGGGUCUAUCUCUCCCGCUGGGGCCCAGGAAAGGGCCCUGUUCCUGGCCAGCAGUCCCCACCUCCACAGCCCUCACCUGGGCAUGCUCGAGAUGUGGAGACCCUGGUGAAAGAUGUUGUGGGACUUUGGCCUGUGCUCUCAAUUUCCAUGUUAGACCCUCCUCUGUUAUGUAUCUUAUAGAUAUGCUUACUCAGAAGACUAAAGUGUGGGGCGGUUUUGUUCCAGUGUAUUUUAGGUGUGCUAUGAUUCUAUACAGACCUUUCAGUACUUCCAGUCAGAAGUUGACUUCCUGUAGCCUGCAUUGUAGAAGGCUCUUAUUAAUAUUUUCUUAUAUUUAUUGUAUUAACUUUUUUAUUUAUUUUUGAAUAAUAUGUUUCAACUUUGCUCCUUAGCUUCUAUGCAUAAUUUAGCUUUUAU